AUGACUCAGGAACGAAUUAACAGCAAUAAUAAUACUUAUGCGUUCGUGUUAGAGGAUCCCUCAAAGCCAAGAAAAUAUCAACUUAACUUUCACCUCGAUCAUCGUCAAUUUAAAGAACAAACGCAUACACAACCCGCAAUGGAUCAACAAACUUUAUCGUCUCACCUUCCUCAUAAUCCUCAACAUCACUCGCUUCAUCAUAUCGAUCGUAAUCCGCUUCCUUCACGACAACCUCCGCAAAUUACGCUUCCUCCUAUAACGACUCAAAAUUAUCAUACGAUAUUUAAUUCUACGUCCAACGAUGAACCUCAUUUCCAUGUACCACAACAUUCACAACAGCAUUCAUCUCAUUCAUUACCACAACAUACUCAUCAGCAUCAUCCUUCGAUAUCAGAGAUCAAUUCAUAUCAUUCAUCUUAUCCAACUCAACGAUAUUUUGUAAAUCAUAAAAUGAAUCAGAUACCUCCCCAGCCUCAUCAAAUUAACCAUCAAAUAAAUCAGCUUGCUCCUCAAAUGUCACAUCAUCUUCCUCAACAGUUACCGCAGCAACAAGUGUCACAAGGAUAUUCACAACCACCUCAUAAUCUUUCUAAUAUGUAUAAUAAUAAUAACGAUGAUCAUCAACCUUCUGUCACCGUUUCACAUGCACCUUCUUAUAAUUCUCUUCGUCAAUAUAAUCCUCAGGUCUACUCUGGUAAAUCUGUUCUUCCGAUAAUGUCAUCCGCUUCAUCUCAUGUGACUCCCUCUCAUGAUCCAUCAUCUGUUCGUAAUGCCCCGUUAAUCGAUCAUUCGCUUCGUCGUGAUGUGACAUCCUCGGGUCCGAACGUUAUGGAUGUCAACUUCAUGGUCAUAUGCAACAACAAUACCCCCCCCCCACCUCCUUCACAUCUACAUGUACAACAUCCUCAACCCCAACAACAAAUGUACAGUCAACCUCCUCUUUUACAGGUUCCACCACAAAACAUUCCCCGUUCUCUUACUCCACCACAGUUGCAUUUGCCACCGCAACAGCCACAACCGAAUCAUUAUUCUCACAAUUCUCAUAAUUCUCAGCAGUAUUUGUCCGAAAACCGUGAAACUUCACCGUUUCAUUUGGCACCCCCUUCACAUCAUCAUUCAGGAAGCAAUUCAUCGGUUUCCACUAGAUCUUCUUCUCCGGCGCCUAGCACCCCUAUAGCUUCCACCACUAAUAUGUCAUUCCCUCCUAAUGGUGGCGCUCCUGUUAAUAAUAAUCCUGUUCCUCAUAAUGUGGAGAAGCCUGCAAUUGAACAGAAUCUACCCGUAAAAAAGAAAGGUCGUUCAAAACAACCAAGACCUAUCGUACCUGCUGGACCGAUACCAAUUCAACAACCUGCCCCAUCCACACAAUCUUUACCAUCAAGUUCUUCAAGUGAAACCCCCGUGUUUGUUCAAUAUGUGGUUCCAAACAUAGCCAAUGAUUCCAAUCCACAGAAUAAUCAUAUUAUUGCAUCAACAAAACCUCCGCAGACUUCUAGGUCUAGGAAAAAUAGUAUCUCUGGUGGUUCGGCUUCUUCCGCCUCAAAGCGUGGUAGGAAGGCUAAAGAUUCUUCAAAAGUGUCCGAAGAAGUUCAUAAUUAUUCACCUGUUCUUAUGCCCGUGAAGUAUGUUGCACCACAAUUAAACCAAGGUCGUAAGAGAGAAUACUCUCCGCUACCAUCUUCAACGGACAAUUUAGAUGAUGAUAAUAUUAAUAAAAGAUGUAAAAAAGAUGAACGUGUUUUUCCUGCAGAUGAUAUUGUGAUGGAAGAUGUUACUCGUCAUGAUGAGAAGGAUAAAGAAGAGUCACAAUCAAAUAGUAUGGACAUUGAUGUUGAUGAGAUUUCUCAAAGAGAAGAAGCAGUUAGUUUGCUAUUAUCAUUGACCAACCCAUCAAAUCCGGAUAAUAGUUAUAACAUCGAACCAACAGUUAACAAUGCAGUUACACCUGCUGUUGAACCGGAUGCCAUCAUAAACAAUGAAAUCAGAAUUAAAGAGGAACCUAUGGUUGAAGAGGAUAUUGCUCCUGUUGAUAACAAUGCCAUUAAUGAUAAUGUUGAGGUCGAAAAUCUAAAGAAGGAAAAAGAUGACCAGUUGGUUACAACAGGAGUCAAAGAAAUGUCCUUGCAUGAGGAUGAUUUUUUAAGUUUGUCUUCAAUCAAGGAAGAGGUGGAAGAGGAAAAAGAGAAACCUUCUUACGUACAAGAAAAGAAGGCUGCAUCUAAAACGAAAAAGAAACAAAAUGUAGUGAAGUUAGAAAAGAAUAUCUCAAAUACUCGUGUUGCCCCUAAAAAAGUUAAUGAUAAGAAAGAAAUUAUUAAGAAUCUACCUGUUGGAAAUGAUUCAGAUAGUGAUUUAGCUAUGGAUGAUGGUUCCGAAGGUGAGGAUGAGAAAAACAAACCACCUGAACGUAAAAACUAUUUGUGGAAUAGUGAUGAUAUGGAAACCGAGGAAGAAGUUGAAGAAGAAAUCGAAAUCUCCGUUCCUUCCAACAUAAGUGGUAUAACUAAUGUGACCAAAGAUGGUGAUAAUAAACAAACCGUCGGUUACUAUUCAUCUCCCCCAUCUACAUUGACGCCAAAUGUAUCUAAUCACCAAAAGGAUAUCGAGGAUGUUAAAAAAGAAAUAAACUCUACCGCUAAUAACACGAACGUUCCUAUCAAUAAGUCGCGACCGAACUCACCUACGACCAAUAAUGGUAUUUUUUCGCGUAAAGCUUCAACCUCGAGUUCUGUUUCACGAAAAGGGUCUAUUUCUUCGAACGGGAGCAACAAAGAAAAGGACAAUAUGAUCUGCAGUUCACCUACUGAGAUGACUUCAUCAUCGGUUAAAACUAUUGCAGCAGAAUCUGCAAGUUCAUCCAGCAAUGGUACUAGACCACAAAGACCUUGUCCUCCUAGACGUAGAUCAACAAUGAGAGACGACGAAAAGCUCGAAUUAGAUAACAUCGAGUGGGAAAAGAAUAUUGAAAUCCCACGUAAUAUUUGGGAAGAAACUUUAAGAGUGUUUGAAAUUGUCAAACAAUCCAAAGAAAUGAAAAAUCGACAACCUCAUCGUAAACGCAAUCAUAUCCUUGCUUCAAUCCUCUUUAUUUUAUGUCGUCAAAAUGGUCUUCCACGCACUUUUGUUGAGAUCUGUAAUGCUGCUUCAAUUAGAAAGCAAGAGAUUGGAACGUAUUAUCGUUUAAUGCUAAAAGUAUUUGAAAGUAAUGGGUUAGGCGGUGGAACCAAUGGAACUUCAUUGAGAACCGUUGAUUCUGCUGAAUAUUUGAAACGAUGGUGUCAAAAUCUUAAACUUCCAACACAUAUACUGGAUGCAGCUAUUCAUGUUUACAAACAAGCUAGUGAAUUAAAUAUAACCACCGGAAAAUGUCCGGUGUCGGUUGGUGCCGCUUCAAUAUGGUUAUCUAUAAACACUUGGAAUGAUGCUAGAUCGAAAGCUUACAAUAAUAUUCCAGACGAUGCAGAGUUAAUAAAAGUAGAACAUAAAGAUGUUGCGGCUGCUGCUGGUGUCGUCAAUGCUACUCUUGUCGGUUGCUACAAAAAUUUAUUAAAGUACAAGGACCAGUUGUUACCUGAGAGAUUUUUAACGGAGGCUGGAUCGAGGUCACCACAUUCUUCUCUAAAAAGUGAAUUAUUGGAGAAGCACACUAAUUUAGAAAGUGAUGCUAAUACGCCAUUAUCACUUGAUAGUGUCAAGUAUUAUGAUUCUCCCACAACGGAUUGUUUUGAUAUUGGUAAAUCAACAGCAGAAUUGAAAGUUGAGCCUACUUCGAAGCCCGUGGCUCCUGCUUUACAAAAAUUACGAAUUAAACCGCAAGUCAAGAGCGAAAAAAAUGAAACGAAUACUCAAGCAUUGAAAUCGCAAAUUAAAGAAGUAACGUCUGUGAAAGUAGAAGCAGUAUCGGCUUUUAUCAAAAAGGAGGUUGAACAUGAACCAGUAUUACAAUCUCCGCCUAGAGUGGCAAAUUCAAUACCUAAAUAUGAACCUGAUGAGAAAAUGACUAUUGUAUAUAGUACUCUUUUAGGAAAUAGUAUUUCUCAUUUUCAAAAUCAUGCAAUGGAAUCAAAUGAUAAGAAAAUAGAGAAAAAAUUAUAG